GAGCUUUUAGACUUAAAAAAUUAUUUUAGUGGUUUGAUAUUUUUGUUUCCAUUUUCUUUGUGUACAUGUCUCGCAAACUUAGUAGUAGUUAAAUAAAAUAUAACGUAAGUUGUGAUUCGCGAUUCAUUUCAUUUUAUUCUGUUGAUCGAUGAACAAUUGCGAGUGUAAAUUUUUUUAAUCUAUCCUUUAAUUUAAAGUUUUAUUUGCUAUCAAAGUAAAUCAAAAGAGAAAAGUGAAGCAAAAGCAUAAACAAGACAUUCAACUCUAAUUGAUAAAAAAAGAUACUUUGGAUGCUACAAUAAAGUGAUUGGUGUGAGCAGAAAUAAUAAUUUGAUUUAAUUAUUUAAAAAGAAUGAGUUCACAAGGUAGCCGGUUAGCACAAAUUCAGAUGCGGUAUCAGCAAAAAGUGAUGCAAGAAAAUACUCAAAAGAAAAGUGAUCUUUAUGGCUAUGAUGAUACACAACAAAAAUUGCUGACAUCUAGUUUAGGAGCAGGAAAAGUUCGUGCAAUGUUUGAUGAGAGAAGAAGCAGGAUUACAGCUGGAAUCGACAAAAGUUAUCUUCUUGAACCAAUAACUGUAGAUACUUCAAAGGCAACAAAACAGCAACGACAGGUUAUUGGACCAUCGAAAAGUUCGCGCGAUCAAAAAAUGCCAAACUAUACAAAAGUUAUUGUGCCUCCAUUACAAAAUCGUUUAAUCAAUCAUGAUAUUAAUGGAAAUAAUCAUAUUACUGGUAGUGAUGUAUUAGAUCGAAGUGUGAAAACAUGUGAUACUGUUCUAGUCAAUUUUAAAUCAACAACAGCUUCAAAGCUUUCAACAAAAUCAAAUCCUGUGACUGAAAAAAAUGGAUCAAAUAUUAAUUCUAAUCGGAAGCCUCUUGCAAUGACAACAACAUCAGCACCCUUAAAAAAUGUUACUAACCAGAAGCCAAGUCCCUCGAGAUCAACAAAGAGUGGGAAUAGCAUAAAAUCAUCAAAUUCAGUUCGAGCAACCACAUAUGCAAGUCCUAAACCAAUUGCUACGAAUAAUAAAACGCUAUCAGCAAAAUCUUCUCAACAAAAUAGCUUUGACGAGGUUGAUGACACGCCAGUUCCUGAAGGUUUAAUUCGCUGUCCUAUUUGCAAGCGAAAUUUUGCUGAGGAUCGAAUUGAAAAGCAUGAAGUUAUAUGUCAAAAAAUGAAAACGAAAAAACGGAAAACAUAUGAUUCAUCAAAGAAACGAGUUCAAGGUACAGAGGCAGAAACUUAUAAUAAGAAACCUUUGACUAGAGUUGGUGUGAAAAGUGCAACAACAUCUACGAAUAAAAACAGCAAUUGGCGAGUUAAACACGAAGAUUUUAUAAAGACGAUUCGUGCUGCAAAGGAAAUGCAAGCAUAUGUUGCUAAAGGAGGAAAACUCUCUGACUUGCCUCCUCCACCUCCUUCAGUUAAUCCAGACUAUGUUCAAUGUCCAAAUUGUUCUCGUCGAUUCAAUGAAGCUGCUGCAUCUCGACAUAUUCCUAUUUGCCACACAAUCAGUAAGCCUAAACCUAAAACAGGUGGAACUUUAGCUUCAAAAACGACCAGUUCUAUAAAGCGACGUUAAAAAAAAGUACUGAUCGAAGUGUUUCUGACCUCAAACUAAUUCAUUAAUUAUACUGUAUUUGUGACACAAUCUAAAAAUUUGCAUAUUCCAAAUCUAAUCAAUUUUUCUGAGCGUGUUAAGCAUCAAUCCAUAUAUUUUUUUGUGCAACGAACAUGCCGAUAAAUAAAAACAUAUUAAAAAUUAUUUUCUAAUAA